UCGACCAAUAGUCGAACUGUUUGUAAGCGCCACCCACCGCCGUCACUGAGCCACCCGCCACCUGUCGCCAGAUCGAGCCCGACCGCAAUCCCAAAUUCACCCUCACCCCGCCAGACUACACAUCCAAUAUGCGUUGGCUCCUUGUCACUUUCCUCGCAGCAUGCGUCCUGCUUCAAGUGGCCGCCGCACCUGAGUUAGUCAACAUCAUGUGUUGGAAAUGCAACAAGCGCACCACCGUCCACGAACGCUGCCAGACCGAACUCACCUGCGGUCACAUUUGCGACUUCAUCAAGUCAACGGAUUGCGACUCCGAGGGAUGUAAGCAUAACAUCCCCAACGGACACGACCACGCCAGACCGGUCAAGUGUGCCACAUGCGGUGUCCGCGGCAAUCCCAGCACGGCCAGUGCCUCCGGUUCUUCCGUCUCCCGCUCUUCCUCCUCCCGAUCAUCCGCUAGUUCUGCCUCCGGUUAUUCCAUAAAGCGCUACACCGGUGGUGGCAGAUGAGCCGUAGCACAAGCAACCAUUGUAUAUAGUCCAUCCCUCCUAACCAUUGCCUUGACAUGCCCCCACAUGACGCUUGAAGAGCAAAGACACCAUGUACAGACCACAUCCUCUUGAUAAUUGCGCAUGCCCAUCUCGGAAGAGACCUUGGAAAAACCCUUAGGCCCUAUACACGUAAAUAUGUAGCUACCGCAUUUGCAUACGCACUUUCAUCAUCUCGCUCAUUCUCUGAUUACUCUCACCAGCCAAUUAUUAUUUUUUGACAUCUUUUUUUGGCUGUUGUCAGGUCUGGGAUGAAAUCGACUGGACACUAACUUCCGUUGGGGUUCAUUACA